AUGACAUCAUCGUCUCCUCCAGAAAUUAGGGAAGAUAAUUCACCACGUACGACAUCCUCCGAUAUAGAUACAAAGCCAUUGGUAUCAUCAACUUCAGAAACCUUCGUUGAAUCUGAUAAAGUUAUAACGGAUAAAUCAAAAGUAGAUUUUACUGCAAAUGGUAAAUUUAAAUUCUAUCCGGAUAAUCCAGAACAUCAUAGACAUAAAUAUAAAUGGACUUCAAAAGAACCUUCAAAAUUUUAUGAUCCAUGUGAAGAAAGUCGACAAGCUUCAAUAAGUUGUUUAUUACGUAAUCAAGAUGAUAAAUAUCAAUGUCAAGAUUUCUUUGAUGCUUAUCGUGAAUGUAAACAAGAUUUCUUUGCAAAGAAAAAGAAGGAUAGACUAGAGGGUAGGAAAGGUUGGGGUUGGUAA